ACAAUGUGCAUUAAUUAUUAGCAAAUACGCGUGUAAACACUGUUACAAACGCACUUCUAUGUCCGAGAUUAGUCAUACUGAGUUAACCGUGGUGUUUGUACGGUACUUUGUGAACCGCUGAUGAACUGCUGUGUGUGUUUACCUUUAGCUAGCGGCUAAGCUAGCGGGACGCUACGGAGCCCAGCUAUCCGCCCUCUGAAGCUUUUAGGGCCGACAGGGGGAGGACAAUGUCCCGCUAACGCUGUGUGUGUGUGUGUUUCACAUUAGCGGAACGCUACGGAGCUCAGGUAUCCGCACUCUGAAGCUUUUAGGGCCGACAGGGGGAGGAGAAUACAACGCUGUGUGUAUUUAUCGCUAAGCUAGCGGCUAAGCUAGCUGGACGCUACGGUUCAGGUAUCCGUCCUCUGAGGCAUUUAUGGCGGACAGGUUGAGGAGGAUGUCCCGCUCCUGUGUGUGUGUAACGGAGCUCAGAUGAGAGGGCUCUGAUUACAGUUUUAAUCCUCUGUCAAACUGCAUGUUUUCUGCCAUAUUUGAUGAGAGAUAAAAUUAUUUUCUGCCAUAAGUUCUUAAUGACAUUGGUACUGUUGGACUCAGUACUCGUUGGACUUCUACCACAAGUAGCCUACAAUGAAGUACUUUUACUGUGUACUUUUAAAGUAAUCCUCUGUCAAACUCCCCUCCUGAGUACAAUAAUAAAUGUUUUCUGCCAUAUUUGAUGAGAGAUAAAAUGAUUUUCUGCCACAGGAGUUUGACAGAGAAUAACUGAAAAAGUACACAGUAAAAUAACUCAUGGCCACUGAGUACCUGGAGUGCCGUCUAUGCAAGAAGAAGGUCGGCGGGUGGUCACAGGGCAUCAAUAAUGAUAAUGAUAAUAAUAAUAUGUAUUCAAGACUCUUUGCUCACAGCAGCACUUCUCUCUUCCUCCCUCCUUCCUUUUCUCCUCGGGAGGAGAUGCAGGGUCCUGAUGGCCAGCCAGGAUACCAGCAUGUCCUGAAGCUGGCCAAGGCCCUGCUGGAAGCCAGGAGCCUUCAGGGGCUUUCUGACAAGAGGGUGGACAAACUCAUGGCCCUCUGGCAACGCCUGCCCGAGCCGGACAGGCGACGAGUCGUCUACCCUCCCAGACACCGGGAGAGGCAGCUGAAGGGGCGGUUCAAGACAGCGAAGGGGAAGAACACCUCCUGUCCUAGGAAGGAGAGUCUCCAACGCUGUCUUCUCGGGCUGAACUCGGGCCCUGCAACAUGGCCCAGCGCCAGCCGCCUGGUAGAGGCCAUUUGCAGCCAGCUCUGCCGUCUCACGAGGACUCGGUGGUCCCUCAUCCUCACGGACUAUGUGGCCGUUAGAGAGGCAGUGCUGGCCAGCCCGAGGUUGAUGGCUCAGACCGAAAUACAGCUCUUUGAGCUCAACCAGAGGACCCUGUCCCAGUGGUUCUCUCGGCGCCAGAAAGAGAGGGGGGUGUCUGUGCUACUGCAGGGAACUGGCGUCGUCCCUGCAGUAGCUGUGGCUGUCCAGCCUCUCCCGCCAGCAAAAGGGCUGUCCUUUGUACAGGUGGGACAAGGACAGCCCUUCAAUUACAACAUCCCGGAGGUGCCGGGACCUUCAGGGGUGGGUCUACCUGCCUCAUCUGGCCACAUCCCCCCUCCUCCUCCCCCUCCUCCUCUUCAGACACUGCUCCCGGCUGGCCCUCUCACGGCUGCCCCUGCUGCUCAGCCUCCUCCUCUUCGUGUGCCCAGGACAACGGCCUACAGGAAGAGGAAGGCGGCGGAGGCUGAUGCUGCAAGGGGUGGGCCGUCGCCCUGGAGCAAAGCCCGCCAGCAGACAGGUCAAUACACCUGCAGCAAUGUGGCCAGGCCAAGAGGAUCGACACUGGCCACACUCGCAUUGCAGGUGUGUCUCACUGCGCGGCUGCCGGUGGGAAAACUGUGGAGGAAUGGCGGGUGGAGAUGAAAAGACUCAAAAGGGACCGAGAGGAGGUCUUUUAUCUUUAUUUAUUUGAAUCUAUUUUAAAAUAAAACUCUGAACUGAA